UCAGCGCGGCCAAACAUGAAAUCGGGCCGGUCUAGUCAAAAGAAUAUUGGGCCGCUCCGGUCCAAAAAGUAUCGGGCCGGCUCGGUGCACGAGCAUCCCUCGGAUUGCCCCGUUCGAUGGCCUCCUUAUCCAAAGCGACGGAUAGAAGAGCGUGGUCCGAGUUGGGAGCUCUCCUCACCCCCAUCGAGCAAAGAAGCAGAGAGGAGCGCAGCAGCGGGAAAGAUGCAGUGUGUGAGCCCUCUCACCGCCCAAGCCAUUCUUCCAACUGCUCACAAUGCUCGCCUCCCAUCCCCCAGACCUUUCUUCCCUUCAUCUUUGGCCACCACGCCCACCAUCUCAUCUUUCGUUCGAUCAAGAACCAACACCAAGGCCCAUUUCAGGAGAUUCACGCCACCGGUUUCCGUGGCGGCUGCCGAGGCCCUCGACACUCUGUCCGGUGUUGACCAAGUCGAAGACAAGGAAGAAGCCGAAGCAAAACAAUUGUCAGGGGCGGUGGUGAAACCGCCGGAGAAGCCGAGGCUGGUGCUUCGGUUCAUAUGGAUGGAGAAGAACAUCGGGCUGGCGCUGGACCAGGUGAUCCCGGGCCAUGGCACCGUGCCGCUCAGCCCCUACUACUUCUGGCCGCGGAAGGAUGCGUGGGAGGAGCUCAAGUCCAAGAUCGAGGAAAAGCCCUGGAUUUCGCAGAAGCGAAUGAUCAUCCUCCUCAACCAGGCCACUGAUAUCAUCAACCUCUGGCAGCAGAGCGGCGGUAAUCUGUAGCCGCUCCUUCUCUUCCCUUCCACUCACAUUGCCGGCUAAGGUCGAUGCCACAAAAUUAUUGGAUAAUUUUGUCAAUCAUGACUUUUCUUGCUUGGUAACGUGUACGUCUUCCGUUGUUUAAUCUUUCCUGAUUAAAUUAAGGUUAUAGCUGUAUUGUGUGAUA